AUGGAGCAGGCGCGCGGGCCGCGGGCUGAGGCCGACGCGCACGAGGAGGAGGAGGAGGCGGGGGUGGCCAUGGCUGCCGCGGUGGCGGCGGCUGGCGGAACGGGCCCCGCCGUGCUGCAGGUGGCCGGUCUGUACCGGGGCCUGUGCGCGGUGCGUAGCCGCGCCCUAGGACUGGGGCUCGUGUCCCCCGCGCAGCUGCGCGUGUUCCCGGUGCGCCGCGGCUCGGGCCGGCCCGCGGGGGGCGCCGACGGUAGCGGGGCCGGGGCCGACCUCGAGGCCAACCCCUUCUACGACCGCUACCGGGACAAGAUCCAGCAGCUGCGCAGAUCUGACCCAGCUGCUUUUGAAUCCCGACUAGAGAAGCGCAGUGAGUUUCGGAAGCAGCCAGUGGGGCACUCCAAGCAAGGGGACUUUAUCAAAUGUGUGGAACAGAAGACGGACCCCUUGGGGAAACAGCCUGUGAGUAGAGGAUUCACUAAGGACAAGACUCUCAGUUCAAUCUUUAACAUUGAGAUGGUGAAAGACAAAACUGCAGAAGAAAUAAGACAGAUUUGGCAGCAGUAUUUUGCAGCAAAGGAUACAGUCUACGCAGUUAUUCCUGAAGAGAAGUUUGACUUGAUCUGGACCCGAGCUCAGUCCUGUCCAACAUUUCUAUGUGCACUACCAAGAAGGGAAGGUUAUGAGUUCUUUGUAGGACAAUGGACAGGUACUGAACUCCACUUCACUGCACUUAUAAAUAUUCAGACCCGAGGGGAUGCUGCAGCCAGCCAGUUGGUUUUAUAUCACUACCCUGAACUUAAGGAAGAAAAGGGCAUAGUGCUGAUGACAGCAGAAAUGGAUACCACCUUUUUG